UUAAGGGGAGCCUGGUCACCGGUGAAAUGUAUGUUGGUGCAUGCGUUCAUGUUUUGCGAGAAGGAAAGUUUUUGCCUGCUACCAUACGUCAAAUGUCAGACAAUCCGGACGAAUUGCUGUCACUACAACGGGAAUUCAUACAAGAUAAACGGGAAAGAGUCGAUACUUCGUCUUCGGACAGUUCUGAUUCUGAUGAUGAUGACGUUGUGGCAACAACUUCGAUUAAGAAGACUAACCCGAAGACAUCUACCUCGAAGACGUCACAGAGAGUAAAGGACAAAGAGUACACCAAUAACGUUUUCCACCGAAACAGUAUGUCAGUACGGCAACAACGCGCAUGCAUUCCAAGGGAGGCACUUGUUUACUUUCCGGAUGUGAAAAGUUUCAGCAUAGUGAAGACGAGCCUGAUAUCCGGUGACAUGUAUUUUGGUGCAGACGUGAAUGUUUUGUGGAAAGGAAAGUUAGUGCCUGCUAUCAUCCGUCAAAUGUCAGAUAAUCCUCACAAAUUGCUGUCACUACAACGGGAAUCCUUACGAAACGAUAAGCGGAAAAGAGUCGAGACUUCGUCUUCGGACAGUUCUGAUUCUGAUGACAAUGUCGAUGUAGCAACAACUUCGAUCAAGAAGACUAACCCAAAAACAUCUAACUCAAAGACGUCAAAACAAGUAAAGGGCAAAGAGUAUACUAAUAAAGUUAUCAACCGAAACAGUGUGUCAGUAUACCAACAACGCACCUACAUUCCAAGAGAAGCACCAGUGGCAGCAACUUCGAUCAAGAAGACCAACCCGAAGACAUCCUCGAAAUGGAAAAUAGACGUAGAAGAGACUUCGGACAGUUCUGAUUCUUCUUCUGAUGAUGUUGUGACGACAACUUCGAUUAAGAAGACUAACCCGAAGACAUCUACCUCGAAAUGGAAAACAGACGUAGAAGUUACUUCGGACAGUUCCGAUUCUUCUGAUGAUGAUGUUGUGACAACAACUUCGAUCAAGAAGACUAACACGAAGACAUCUACUUCGAAGACGUCAAAGACAGUAAAGGACAAAGAGCGCACCAAUAAAGUUAUGUCAAUAUACCAACAACGCACCUACAUUCCAAGAGAAGAACUUGUGGCAGCAACUGCGAUCAAGAAGACUAACCCAAAAACAUCUACCUCGAAAUGGAAAAUAGACGUAGAAGAGACUUCGGACAGUUCUGAUUCUUCUUCUGAUGAUGUUGUGGCAACAACUUCGAUCAAGAAGACUAACCCGAAAACAUCUACCUCGAAGACGUCGAAGAAUGUAACGGGCAAAGAGAUUCCUAGCGUAUCAUUACGAAGCGAGCCGUCAGGGAACAGCUCUGCUGCCAUACAACAGGGGAACAGAUGUCACGAGGAACCAAUAACCGACCGGGAGGGUGAUUUUGCUGCGAUGGAGGCCACACUUCAAAAUAUUCGUGAGAAGUUGAUUGAUGCUCCAGAAUGGUUACAGAAAUUUGCGUACAAAUCUACCAGCCUCCUCUCCGAACUUAUCAACCAGGUGUCGGAGCUUCAAGAUCAACAUUUGCACUCGCAGGCUGGAACAGUUCCGAAACCUCUUAUCCAUUCUAGCCGAUGACAGACGACGUCGAUGAAAACCAUCCCAACCUGUGAACCAGUAAGAUACAAAGAUCACCGAUUGCCAGUAGCCUGCAGUAUCAAACCAAAAGGCUCUUUUCAGAGCCACUAUUCGAACAAAAGACAUGAAGCAUUAUGAUGAAAUACAAGGACGAUCACACCAUUCCCUUCACACAUUAUAAUAUCUUAAUUGGAUUGCUAGAAUUAUACAUUAACAUAACAUGAUUGAACAAUAAUGAUGGUUGUUACAUUGUUACAUACAUAUACAUA